AUGGGCACAGUAACGGACGACCGUCCCGGCGACGGUCCCGCAGCUCGCGAUGCCACCACCUCCGCCACCGCCGCCGCCACGACCCCCUCCGCCGCCAACCCCGCUUCCGCUUCCGCCGCUGUCGCUUCUGGGAAGCGCAAAGAGCGGGAAGAAGCCGCGGGGGACGGUGCAGACGGCGGCGAGCAGCGGGAGAACCGCGGAACUGGGGGGGCGGCGGAAGAAGCGGCCGGACGGACCGGGGGGGAGCCGGCGGAAGCGGAAGCGGCGGUAGCGGAGGAUCUAGGACCGGUGGUGGGGCCCGUCAUUCCCAAGGCGAAGAAGAAGAAAAAGCCGCUGGUGUUCGAACGCGUGUACUUGGACGCGUUGCCGUCCGCUGAAAUGUACGAGAAGAGCUACAUGCACCGUGACUGGGUGACGCACGUGGCCGUGUCAGAUGCCGAUUUCUUCAUCACAGGCAGCAGAGACGGCCAUCUCAAGUUUUGGAAGAAAAAGGCGGUGGGGGUUGAGUUUGCAAAGCACUUCCGAGCCCACCUGGGACCAGUUGAAGGGCUGGCGGUGAGUGCGGAUGGCACGCUCUGCAGCACCAUUUCCUCGCAGGACAAGGCAGCCAAGAUAUUUGACGUGGCGACCUUCGACAUGAUCUCAAUGCUCAAGCUGCCCUUCGAGCCCUCAGCUGUUUGCUUCCUCUUCAAGCCCGACAAUGCCAUAGCCAAACUCGCUAUAGCGGAUAAGAACUCGCCGGAGAUCCACGUGUUUGAUGCGAGGGGCGGGACGAACGAGGCCGUGGGGAGGGUGAAGGUGCAUGGGGCGCCGGUGGUGGCUAUGCAGUUCAAUGUGGCGGCGAAUGCGGUGGUUUCCACUGAUGCGAGUGGGAUGAUUGAGUAUUGGAGCGCUGACACGUAUACAUUCCCUGCUGCCAGCGUUCGCUUCAAGUACAAGACAGACACGGACCUCUAUGCCCUUGCAAAGGCCAAGACCACGGCACCUUCGUUAGAGAUUGCACCAGACGGCUCCCAGUUUGCCACUGUAUCUCCGGACCGGCGCAUUCGAGUGUUCUGGUUCGCAACUGGCAAGCUCAGAAGGACUUAUGACGAAUCACUGGAGGCAGCACAGGAGUUGCAAAGAGGGGAUGUGCCUUUGUACCGGCUAGACGCGAUCGACUUUGGGAGGCGGUUGGCUGUGGAACGAGAGAUGGAGAGGGAGAGGGAGAGCAACGACGACGUGCCGUCGGCCAAUGCUGUCUUUGACGAGACGGGCAAUUUCAUCAUUUACCCAACGCUUUUGGGGAUAAAGGUGGUGAACCUGCAUGAGAACAAGGUGGCUCGCAUCCUGGGCAAGGUGGAGAGCAACGAGCGGUUUCUCAGAAUCGCUCUCUACCAGGGGGGCAAGGCAGCGAGGCGGAUCAGGAAGAUGGCGACCAUUGCCAACUCACAAGACGCCAAGGGGGGGCCAUCAGUGGACCCUUCUGUGAUUGCCUGUGCCUUCAAGAAGCACCGCUUCUACCUCUUCAGUCAGCGCGAGCCAGAGGAGGGAGAGGAGCCAUCACAGGGCAGGGACGUGUUCAACGAGAAGCCUCCACCAGAAGAAAUGCUUGCCCUGGCGGAUGUGGCAAGAACCGGAUCAUCCGCUUUGCCUGACAGUGUGGUCAUGCACACCACCAUGGGUGAUAUCCACCUCAAACUAUACCCAGAGGAAUGCCCUCGAACUGUCGAAAACUUCACCACGCAUUGCAGCAACGGCUACUACGAGGGGUUGCUGUUCCACCGCGUGAUCAAGGGCUUCAUGGUGCAAACCGGCUGCCCCCUCGGGGACGGCACGGGCGGCCAGAGCAUCUGGGGAGGCGAAUUCGCCGACGAGUUUCACAAGAGUCUGCGUCACGAUCGGCCCUUCACCUUAUCCAUGGCCAACGCAGGCCCCAACACCAACGGCAGCCAGUUCUUCAUCACCACUGUCGCCACGCCUUGGCUCGACAACAAGCACACCGUGUUCGGGCGUGUAGUGAAGGGCAUGGACGUAGUACAGCUCAUUGAAAAGGCUAAGGUGGAUCGUAACGACAAGCCAUAUGAAGACAUCAAGAUCCUCAAUGUCACCGUGCCCAAGUAG